GUGCAAGUUGAACUGCAGGAAUAAGAGCUCUUCUUGAACCCACUGUUCUGCAGCCAUCCCAGGCUGGUUGCUGAAAAAAUACACACUCUAUCAUGAAUUAUAAUUUGUGGCAGCCUUACAUGCCAUUCUUCCUGGCUAUGCAGAAGUACAGAUUUACUACUUGCUGCUGAAUUAGGAGAACCUAAAUUGGUGUCAGCUGAACUCCCAGUGAACUGUAAACAUUGCUAUCGUCAGAAAAUAAGUUAAGGCCUGAAAAGCAAGAGAGAACAUUCAUCUUAGAAGGACUCAAAAGCACUUUGAAAAUUUAAAGGAAUGUAAUGAUAGCUGCUAAACCCACUUUGGUCAUCGUUAUGGAUGAAGUACUUCAAAUUUAAAUGUGUCUCACCUGUGUAUUGAAGAGUUUAGACCAGGCAACCUAUGAGGGCCUCGCAAGUCAAGCUUUCUUAAAUAAAGUCCUGUGUCGGAGACUGGACAAGGUCCAAGCCAAAGCAAGAUCAUCUAACAUGACCUUAUUGUGAAUUCAGAUUGAUCAAGCUUGGCAAGAGCUGCUAUGUGUGAUAUAUAAGAGAGGCGAAAACUAAUGGAUGAAAAUUUUGCCAUGCACUGAAAGGAAAGCAUUGUCUGUGAAGUUCUAUUUUUAAAAAUGUCUGCUUGUAACACCUUUACUGAACACGUUUGGAAACCUGGUGAAUGCAAGAACUGCUUUAAACCUAAAAGCUUGCACCAGCUCCCCCCAGACCCUGAGAAGGCACCCAUCACCCAUGGCAAUGUGAAAACAAAUGCCAAUCACAGUAACAACCACCGCAUCAGGAACACAGGAAAUUUCCGGCCUCCUGUGGCUAAAAAACCCACUAUAGCUGUGAAGCCCACUAUGAUGGUGGCAGAUGGGCAAAGUGUAUGUGGUGAGCUUAGUGUCCAAGAACAUAGUGACAACAAACCUGUCAUCAUAGGGUGGAAUCGAAACAGAACGGCCUUGAAUCAGAAACCACUUAAUAAUAACAAUGAAGAUAACAUUGAAGGAUUUAGCCAUGUUCCUAAGCCUUGUGGCAAUAAUGAUAGUGCAAAGAAGAUAUCAAAUAACAAUAAUGGACUAACUGAUGUAUUAAAGGAAAUAGCAGGUUUGAAUACAACCCCUCAGAUAGGAGGAAAUGAAAUAAGCUCCAGAGAAACAUUCUUAGGAAGGAUAAAUGAUUGUUAUAAAAGAUCACUGGAAAGAAAGCUUCCACCAAGUUGCAUGAUGGGUGGUAUAAAGGAAACUCAGGGAAAGCACGUUAUUCUGAGUGGGAGCACAGAAGUAAUCAGUAAUGAAGGGGGCCGGUUCUGUUAUCCAGAGUUUUCCAGUGGCGAGGAAAGUGAAGAUGAUGUACUUUUCAGUAACAUGGAGGAGGAGCAUGAGAGCUGGGAUGAGAGUGAUGAAGAGCUCUUGGCCAUGGAGAUUCGCAUGAGAGGGCAACCUCGCUUUGCUAACUUAAGGGCAAAUACUUUGUCUCCUGUUCGAUUCUUUGUGGACAAAAAGUGGAAUACUGUUCCCCUACGAAAUAAAUCUCUACAGAGAAUUUGUGCUGUGGACUAUGAUGACAGUUAUGAUGAAAUCCUUAAUGGUUACGAAGAGAAUUCUGUGGUUCCCUAUGGAGCAGGGAGUAUUCAGAGCAUGUUAUCAUCUGAUUCCACCUCCCCAGAUUCUUCUCUAACAGAAGAAUCACGUUCUGAGACAGCCAGUAGUUUAUCCCAGAAGAUUUGCAAUGGGGGACUAUCUCCUGGUAACCCAGGAGAGCCUAAGGACAUGAAGAAAAUUGAGCCCAGUACUGAAAGUCUCUCUGCUAGUAAUCAAGAAAAGGACACAUCACAAGCACCCAAAACUGCAGUAAAAGUUCCAGAGACACACAAAGCAGUCCUUGCCCUCCGAUUAGAAGAAAAGGAUGGCAAGAUUGCUGUACAAACUGAGAAGCAAGAAAAUAAAGCCUCUACAGAUAUAGCAGGGCAAGCAGUCACCAUAAACCUCGUCCCAGUAGAAGAGCAGGCAAAGCCCUACCGAGUUGUGAAUCUGGAGCAGCCUUUGUGCAAGCCAUACACUGUGGUAGAUGUGUCAGCAGCCAUGACCAGUGAGCACCUCGAGGGCCCUGUUAAUAAACCCAGGAUAAAAGGCUCUUCUUCAACUCCAAACUCUCCAGUGACAUCACCUGUGUUGGCAUCAGGACAAAUAAGUGCUCAUUUUCAAAAAUCCAGUGCAAUCCGAUAUCAGGAAGUCUGGACUUCCAGUACCAGUCCACGGCAAAAGAUACCUAAGGUGGAAUUAAUUAGUGGUGGAACUGGACCAAAUGUCCCUCCAAGGAAAGCCUGUCACAAAUCAGCACCUACAUCACCCACCACUACAAACAUUUCCUCCAAAACCAUCCCUGUGAAGUCACCUAAUUUGUCUGAAAUAAAAUUUAAUAGUUAUAACAAUGCUGGCAUGCCACCUUUCCCCAUUAUCAUUCAUGAUGAGCCAUCUUAUGCCCGGAGUUCAAAAAAUGCUAUCAAAGUUCCCAUUGUAAUUAAUCCAAAUGCAUAUGACAAUCUAGCCAUUUACAAAAGUUUUCUCGGAACAAGUGGAGAGCUCUCAGUAAAGGAAAAAACCACAAGUGUAAUAAGCCAUACUUAUGAAGAAAUAGAAACUGAAAGCAAAGUGUCUGAUAAUACCACUUGCAAACCUACUGAAUGUCCCCAAGCUAAAGCGUUUUCAAACAGCACAGAGCGUAAGAGGGGCUCGGUGGCUCAGAAAGUUCAGGAGUUUAACAGCUGUCUUAACAGAGGUCAGUCUUCACCACAGAGAAGCUAUAGCUCCAGCCACAGCUCCCCAAUAAAGAUCCAGAGAACCACUCAAGAUUCUCUGGUUAAACCAGAAGGUACUCAGGAGUGUCAGAUGGUGGGUAGCAGCGGCAGCGGUGGCACCAGGGAGAAAGCAAGCACCGUCCUUUCUCAGAUUGUGGCGUCUAUCCAGCCCCCUAAAACUCCCCCAGAAAUGCCUCCAGCUGGCCCUAAGGCUUGCAGUGUGGAAGAGCUUUAUGCCAUUCCUCCAGAUGCGGACACUGUGAAGACGACACCUAAGAGUACGCCAGUCCGGCCCAAAUCUCUCUUUAUUUCUCAGCCCAGUGAUGAGGCUGAAGCACCUCAGCCCACAGAAAAUCCCACCAAAGUGCAGAAAGAUCCACUCACCAAGCCAGCAGCCACCCUUGCCUCCAAAUCAGUGGGUAACCCACAAGGUGAGCCACCACCUCCUUUUCCCCCACCACGCUCUACUUCUUCCCCGUACCAUGCCAGUAACCUUUUGCAAAAACAUUUCAACAAUUGGACCAAGCCAACAAGCCCCACCAGGUCAACGGAAGCUGAAUCAGUUUUGCAUUCUGACAGUAGCAGGCGGGCAGUUGAUGCAAAACCAAAACGCUGGAUAUCAUUUAAAAGCUUCUUUCGCCGUCGGAAAACAGAUGAGGAGGAUGACAAAGAGAAAGAACGGGAGAAGGGGAAACUGGUGGGCCUGGAUGGCACAGUCAUUCACAUGCUGCCCCCUCCUCCAGUUCAGCGCCAUCACUGGUUCGCAGAGGCAAAAGGAGAGUCCAGUGAGAAGCCAGCCAUUGUCUUCAUGUACAGGUGUGAGCCCGCCCAAGGCCUCCUUGCUGUGGAGCAGAGCAAGGCCAGGGAAGAUCAGUCAGCAGUUCCAGAGAAAAGUGGAGUGGAAGAUGGGUUACCGAAGGACUCAGAGAAAAAGAAAAGGAGUCAUUCUUCUCCAGCACAGAUACCUAAAAAAAUUCUCAGUCAUGUGACCAAUGAAUCGACAGAGGAUUUUUCUCCUCGUGAUCCAAGAACUGUUGUCAUGAAACAAGAUGCUGGGGGCUGCACUUCAGUCACAUCACCAGUGUCCCUACCUGAACUGGAAAGGGAAGAGGAAAAAGAAGACAUUUCAGAUGCCACAGACCUAAAUUCCUGUAGUGCAACAUAUAGCAAUUUAGGGCAAUCGAGAGCAGCCAUGAUACCUCCCAAGCAUCCACGGCAACCUAAAGGAGCUUCGGAUGAUGCCUUUGGUGGAAAAACAGACCAAGAAAUACCUAAUGCUUCCCAACCCACGCCACCCCCACUGCCAAAGAAAAUGAUCAUAAGAGCCAACACAGAGCCAAUCUCCAAAGACCUCCAAAAAUCUCUGGAAACUAGUCUUUGUGUCAUGGCUAACCCCACUUAUGAUAUCGACCCCAACUGGGAUGCCAGCAGUGCUGGCUCUUCUAUCAGUUAUGACCUCAAGGGAUUGGACAUUGAGUCUUGUGACUCGUUGGAGAGACCUUUGCACAAGGGGAGAUCUAUACCCUCAACAGCAAAUAGUUUCUCUAGCUUAACCACUGUCAGUAUUAAGGAUAGAUUUUCCAACAGUAUGGAGUCCCUGUCCAGCCGGCGUGGGCCCUCUUAUAGACAGGGCCGAAGCAUCCAGAAGCCACAGAGACAAGCACUUUAUCGAGGACUUGAGAAUCGGGAAGAAGUGGUGGGUAAGAUCCGAUGUCUUCACACUGAUGCCUUGAAGAAACUGGCUAUUAAAUGUGAAGACCUCUUCAUGGCUGGGCAGAAGGACCAGCUCCGUUUUGGAGUGGACAGUUGGUCAGACUUCAGGCUAACCAGUGACAAGCCAUGUUGUGAGGCGGGUGAUGCGGUUUACUACACAGCUUCAUAUGCAAAAGAUCCACUUAAUAACUAUGCAGUCAAGAUCUGUAAGAGCAAAGCUAAAGAAUCUCAGCAGUAUUAUCACAGCUUGGCUGUCCGGCAGAGUCUAGCUGUCCAUUUUAACAUCCAGCAGGACUGUGGUCAUUUCCUUGCUGAAGUACCUAACCGCCUGCUCCCCUGGGAGGAUCCUGAUGCUCUUGAAGAGGAAGAGGAUGAAAUGGAAGCAGCUGAAAAAGAGAGGAAAGGAGAAACGGAAGAGAAAAGCCCGGAGCCCUGCUCUGAAACAGAGCUGUCCCAGAAAGCCAGCCAGGGUGUCCUUAGCAGGAAGCAGAGAAGCCACGUCGUGGUCAUCACCAGAGAGGUGCCCUGUCUCACCGUGGCCGAUUUUGUGCGAGACUCGCUGGCUCAACAUGGGAAAAGCCCAGAUUUGUACGAGAGACAGGUGUGUCUAUUGCUCCUCCAGCUGUGCUCUGGCCUCGAGCACCUCAAACCCUACCAUGUCACUCACUGUGACCUGCGCCUGGAGAACCUGCUGCUGGUCCACUACCAGCCAGGCAGCACUGCCCAGGGCCUUCGGCCUGCUGAGCCCAGUCCUGCCUCAUCUUGCCCCACAAGGCUCAUAGUAAGCAACUUCUCUCAGGCCAGGCAGAAGAGCCAUCUGGUGGACCCCGAGAUCCUCCGGGACCAGUCCCGCCUCGCCCCAGAGAUCAUAACAGCCACCCAGUACAAGAAGUGCGAUGAGUUCCAGACUGGCAUCCUCAUCUACGAGAUGCUGCACCUGCCCAACCCCUUCGACGAGAACCCAGAGCUGAAGGAGAAGGAGUACACACGGGCAGACCUGCCCCGCAUCCCCUCCCGCUCCCCCUACUCCCGGGGCCUGCAGCAGCUGGCCAGCUGCCUCCUGAAUCCCAACCCUUCUGAGCGGAUCCUCAUUUCAGAUGCUAGAGGCAUCCUCCAGUGCCUGCUCUGGGGCCCCCGGGAAGAUCUCUUCCAGACAUUCACCACCUCCCCCAGCCCAGCCCAGAGGAACACCCUGCUCCAGAACUGGCUGGACAUCAAGCGAACCCUGUUAAUGAUCAAAUUUGCUGAGAAGUCCCUGGACAGGGAGGUGGGGGUUGGCCUGGAGGACUGGCUUUGUGCUCAGUAUUUGGCCUUUGCCACUCCAGACUCCCUCAGCUGCAUUGUGAAAAUCCUACAACACCGUUAACGUGCCCCAGUGCUGCUCUCAUUUCAUUGAUCAUCAUCAAGCCACCCACACACCUCCCCUCCCGACGUGCAGAAUUCAAGGAGAGGAGAGAGACUGCCACUGACCAUGAACAAUUCCAUCUCCUCAGAAAGGUUAGCCACAGCUCCAGCUUGAGUGAGACACUCAGUCUGUCUGAACGUUGCAGAAAUUCAACCGCACCAAUGUGCAGUUACCUUCCAUUGGAACCCCCCCCAACCCCAAGUAUACCACAGAUGCAAGUAAACAAUGAAAAUGCACAUCUUUGAAAGGACUGCUCCUUUAACGUGACUCGCUGAGCUGUGUCCAGUUCCUCCGCAUCCAAAUAUCUCCCAUCAUUUUAACACCAAGUAUUUAUUCCGACUAGCAAUAGACAGAUUUAACCAACCCUUACUGUUGUAUCCUGUAAGUUCUCACAACAGACCUUCCUCCUCUCAAGUAUCAUAACUGACUCUUCCAGGCAGGACUGCCCCACUUAGCAUAGCCCCUUCUUGGUUCUGGGGACGAGAUCUUUUUGUGCCAGCAGACAGUACAAAGUUACGGCGAGAGCCCAGCUUCUGGGGCACAGACCAGUCUUCACGUUCCCAUUUCUGUCAUCGAUAAGCGUGUGUACUGCAUGGAGGAUGGCCCUAACAGCGUCCCUCUGCUGUCACUGCCUGGUACUCUCUCACCUCUACUCUGUCCCCACUCGCCAGUGAAGUUUGGGUUUAGCAGCCACUGUGGUGAUGACAGAGGUGACCCACACAGUAAUGUCACCAGCACUCAACAGGGUGGAGUGCCAUUCAUACAGUGGCUGAGAGGAGACAAGGGGGUGGUUUUGCUGCAUGUGAAGUUCUCCAGGGGCCAUUAGAGUAUAAAUUCCUACUUCGAUUACUGUCAGAGCUGUCAGCCUCAUCAGCCAGGGCUGGUGACACCCAGAUCACAGGUCCCCACCUGGGAGUUACUGGCCAGCUCCCUGCCUCAGUGGUCGGUGUUAACUAGUCUACCAAGUGCUGUGGCAGCAGGCCUGGAUGACACAGCUGUCAUCUGAGCACGAAGAACCCUGACAAAGGCCAGGUUCUGCUGGCUGGUGGGUGGCCAGGGGGGGUCCAGGGUGGCUGUUGAGACUUCACACUCCUCCCAGCUGUCCACCUUCCCCACAGAGGCUGCUCCCAGGAGCUCCCCAGUAGCUCUGGAGGUCAGCUCCCAGGAAAUAAAAUGGCUGAGGGGGCUGCUGAGAGCCACUCACCAUGCGUGGGGCCCGUGGAUAUAUGUGCAAUUUUUUGUAUGUAUUUUUUUUUAGCUGUAUAUUACAGUGUUUAUGUUGCAACUUCACCUGAAGCAAGAUCUACAGAAACCUGCCCCUUCUUCCCUUGGCACAUAUCUGCGCUAAGAGAUGAGUGUUCCUUCCACCAGAGUGUGUGUAUACGUGUGUGUGUGUGCACGCUUGCUUUAUUCAAAAACUGUGAGUAUCUGUUUACUUCAACCUUGAAAUCCCAAGAGUCACUCAGAUGGCACGAGUGCACGCUCGUGUGUGCACGCACAUGUAUGUGCUGCAAGAAGAGGCCGGGCCUUGGGGAGCCGCCUGUGGCAAGGCUGAUGGGUAUGUUCUCUUUGCCUCAUCAGUGAGGGAGCCCUGAGCCCCUCGUCACCACCAUAGAGUCUCUUAAAGUCAAAACUGAUUGUGCAGUAUUACCUAGCACAUUAGUGGCCUUUUGGAAAUUUCUAAACCUUUAGAAAAUUUUAGAAAUUUGACAGCUUUUCACGUGAUUCGCAUAUAUUGAAGAGGAUUACGAAAGGAGAAGAAUGUAUUUUAUCGUGCUUUUAUUCCUUGUUUUAAGAGAAUGGGACAUGUGAGGCUCCAAUGGAGGAUUCCCCUUGUCCUCCUGGCCAGCAGUCCAGGGAAGAGAGCUGGUUGGCCACAGUCUGGGCUCCUCGAGCUAGAGAGCAGGGCUCUGCGCCCAGGGACAGCCACAGGGUGGGCCUGGUGCUGCUGGCCAGCAGGCCACCCUGUCACUGUCCCUCGGCAUGGCCACACCUCGCCUAGCACGCUGGUGAUCAGGCUCACUGAGCACUGGCCCUGUGCACAUAAGCCCGGCCUGCUUAUACACUGAAUGGCAGCACACAGGCCCCAGAACAUGCCAGCCAGCGCCCCCGCCCCCAUGGCCUGCACAUUGAGACACUUUCUCAAUGUCACUCUCGUGGUGCCUUGCCCAUGUACAUUUGAAUGUUGGCUAUUUAGUGAGAUGUCCUAUUUAAUGAAGAAUACCCCCUGGCCCCUCUAUUUGCUCUCUCAGUGUCCUUUCUAUUUCUUCCUGUUUUGACUUGGGUUCAGUCUUCACUUUAGCUCUCUAGUGUUACACACACAGACACCCUCCACUACCAUAGUCCCACUGUCCUGGAGCCAGGCACCUCUUCACAACAGAUGGCUUUAGACUGUCCUUAUAUUAAGAUGUGUGAAGGGCACAGGUGACUACCAAAUAGAGAAGUUGUCUCAGGUUCCCAGAAACAGGGGCUAGAUUAGUUUUUCUCUGAGUGAGCCAAGGAAUGUGAGGUAGGGAGGGAAGCAGGUGUAACAAGUUGAAGCAGAAUAAAUUGCCUAGGCAAGAAGUACACAUCAGAUGGGCCUCAGAAUAUUUUCCCAAAAUAAUGAAAUUAUGUCAGUCUGAUACCACAAAUAUUUUAAAUUUCCAUUUCAAUUUUUGUAAGGCCUUUGAGUCAUUUAUCAACUGGAAAGAAAUCCUACCUUCAGACACAGAUAGACAUACAUAUUUAUCUCUCUCCUCCCUCUCUCUCUCUAUACAUAUAUAUAUAUAUGAGUUUUGAUUGUGACUAGUGUAGCACUUUAAGUUUCCUCAAGUAACAUCAAGUUAUUGUCUUCAAUAUUGACUGAAUUUUUUUUUCCUAUUCUACAGACUUCAAUAGAACUCUAUGGAAUAUAGAUUCUUCCAUUUAAUAUUGAGAGUUUGGACAGUUAAGUCACUAUUGGGACUUCUCCUUAAGCCACAUGAGAACAAUCUCUCUAACACGUGUGAGUGCUAGGGAAACAGGGUAGUGGCUGGCGCAGCCAAGACCCAGACUGAAUGUAUGGCAGAGUGCCUUGUUAGGGUGAUGGCCUCGUGUCUGAGGGAGAGAAGCAGAUGUUUCACACGGCGGACUGGGAGAAGUCUCCCAUGCUAGCCUGGGACAACCCCUUGGGUGCAUUUAACACAGCUAUGAUGCCUGGAAGUGAGUUCAUGAUGAAUAAAACAGGAUGGGAACAAGAGCAGUUAUAACCUGUGGAAUCAACAGCAAAAGAAACACGGAUUGGCCCACCAAACCCUAGACCAAAUUAGAACUAGAGGGCCAGCAGCAUGGCCAUGGGGUUCAAGUUUGGCCCUCGGAAAAUGAACUGGGUGAGGCACAGAGAGGGGCGCAUGUACCCACACUACCUAACCUACUGAUACUGAGGGGCUUAAAACACACUGGGAUUUGAAGCGUUUCUGUAACCUUACAUUGUCAGAUUAAGUGUAGGCCAAUUUUGCUUCUGAAUUCAGAAUAAGUUCGUGAACAGGGAAAAUUCUAAGCCUUGAGAGCUAAACCUCCAGAAGUACUAGUGUUCUUUCUGGUGGCAAAACUAGAAUUGUAUUUUAAUGUUUCUAGCCGUGUAAAAUGUUCACGUAUAAUCUUUGCGGCCUGCUAAAUUGGGGCAGAGAAAUAUUGUACUCUUCCCAAAUCUGAAUUAAGAAUACUCUGGUGCUGAGAUGUAACCUGACUUGGUUUUGCUGGUAACCUCCAACUAGAUUUUUUUCCCCUAGAUUUCACCACCAGAGAUCAAAAACACACAAGCUAGUGCCAGUAACUGGGAUAGACUUGGGAUACUGCACUAUAUAGCCCAAGUGGUUCUAAAUGUAUAAAGCAUGAAGAUACUUGGAGAGAGGAAAAGAACUUGACUGGCUGGGCCAGCUCUAAUAAUGUUUUAUUCCCCUCACUAGUUGAUAAGGAUUGAAAAUUCUGGUCCAGUUUAAUGGGUGAGCAGGAGGGCUGCCAGUGAAGCCGGGUUAUUAGUUUUACCUCAUUGGAGCUGAGAUUCUCAAAGGCCCAGAGGCUGUGCCGAGAUAAAUCCACAAAGUCCAGCUGUCUAUGCUCACGGCGGCACCAAACAAGGGGGUUCCGCGGACCAAAAACAAUGCCAUGGGGACGCAGAGGAGCUGCCGUGCAAGGUCCUAGAUAGAGAUGAUACCAAAGAAAUCAAGCCUUUGAUCCUGACGCUUCUACAGUGAUGAGGUUGACUUACGGCAGAUGCCACGGGAGGCGAACUCACAUACAUUCCAUGUCACGCUGAUCAAAUAAUCCAUCCUCCAAAAGCACCUUUUUUAAAAACAGUCCAUUUCCUGCAUUAGAGGGGGGGAAAGACGAGAAAAGCCUGGGCGCGUUGUAAAGUUCCUCGGCAUGUAAGGAGAAGGAGCCCUUCCCUCUCCCUUGACUGUGGCUGUUGCUGAACCGUAAGCUUGGAGACAACGUGUCCAGGUGAUACUGAAAGCUGAGGGUUUUUUCAGUUAAGAGACAUGGUAGUUUCAAUGAGUUUGUUUAAGAACUCUUGGGAAAUUUCUUAACCAAUUGUAAUACUUUUUAUAAACCUUCCUACCAAGGUGUUUACCACUCAUCGUCACCAUCGUAAGUGCCCAGAAUGUACAAGGUGCUAUCCCGCUGUUAACACCCUCUCUCUGCAGCUGUAUGAAGUCAGAGUAAGUUUUUGCAUCAGCCACUGCUUUCCCCUCCCAGGUGGUGCAGGGACUGCAUUCCAGACUUCAUUAGAUGUCUCCCACUCCAGAGAGCUUCAUGUUUCUUCCAGCAUCUCCCCUUCACCCAUCCCACUCACCCCCAUGUUUUUUUAAAUCAAGAAAGUUUCAGGGAAUCAAAAGAGGUCGGGAAUUUUUUUAACCUAGCAGAAGUACAGAGUCAUAUAUUUUACUACAAAUAUUACUGUAUUACAGAAGAUCCACUUUGCCGGACUAGUGUGUGGAAGUACUGUGUGUUUGUGCACUCUUGAUGACUUGAAUGUUGAAUCAGCCUAUGGCUUCAGGGUAGCAUUUUUGAAAGCUAAGCCACACUACUUCAGGAAACUUGUUCCAAAUUCCCCUUGGUGAUCCUUCCCUUGCCAGUUUUACGGUGUCACAUGUGAACACGCUAGUUGGGGUUUCUGCUGAUGAUGUUGCAGGGCAUUUGGCUGAGAUCAAGGGGCAAACCCUGCCCUCCUCAGCGACCUGAAUCAUGGCCGUCCUCAUUCCAAGUUGUCAGCCCCAUGGUUCUGACCACGCCCUCUAUUGGAAAAUCUUGUUCCUCAUGCCCCUUUCCUGGAACUUCAUUUCUCCACUUAGCGUUGUAUGAAAGGUCCCCUCUGUCACCAGAAGGCACCACCCUUUGGUUUGCUGUGGUACUUUGCUGUUUUCUCUGUGGCAUCAUGUUACUGUGUAAAUAAAUUCAUUUUAAUAUACACUAAGAAACAAGCGCUUGUCUUUUCAGUGACUCUCCCACACUGACCACGCUAGAUCUGGGACAGACACGCUUGUGUCUUGUUCCACAGGAUAAAUUCUGUCUUGGGCCCUGGACGAAAAGUCCGCUUCAUCUCUUCCUAACCUGAGAAGGAGGCCCCAAAGAAAGCGGGGGCUUGGGC